AUGGCUAACAAUCGCAAUCCUUUACCGACUGCUCCUUCCCGCUCUGGAGUGCCAUUGAAACCCACUCUUGCUCGAGUACCCAACACACCUCGCCUCGCCAAAGACACGCCCUUCUCGACGACAACCAUCACACCAACAACAAACACAUCAACACCGCCUUUUCGGCCCAAACUGCAAGAGUCGGAAUUCAGACCCAAACUCAACAAACACAAACCGACACCUUCACCCCUCUCCUCGACGCGUCCGACGGCGCAGGUCGCCCACGCCCAUGUCACGCCGCAAACAUUAACUGGAAAGACGCGAGCUGGCCAGCUAAUCAACUCGACUCCGACCACUCAAUCCCCCAACGACGAUACUCCGAGUCAUGCAAGAAAGAGACCCCUGAUGAUAUCUCCCACAAACAGCGAACCUGCUGUGCGCCGCCCACAGUUGGCCUCUUCGAAUAGAGCAAAGAGCGUUGUGGGCUCUGUAAGACCAGCUAAUGCCAAUUCAUCACGUUCCGUGCCCAUCACCACCAAGACUACUCCUACAGUCCGAGGCUUUGUGAAAACGCCAGACACUGCCAGAUCAAAUGCUUCAACUCUACAGCCACAAGCUCCGGUUUCUGCGAGGAUCUCACCACUCCCUACAUCUCGCCCUAUCUCGGCUAAGACAGAANAAGACUCGAGUCCCAUGUUCUUCCAUGCCAGCGACGCCAAACCACAAUCACAACCUCAGCCGGCAGCCCAGGCGCCUAGACUCAGAAAGACGCCAUCUNUUCUAUAUGCCAACGGUCAGCAGCAGACUCUAGAAACAAGACCCCUCUCGCACCGAAGCUCUUCUCCUGUCCUGUCAAACGUAUCGGCCGUCACAUCUCCUCAGUUCUUCGUGCAGUCACCUAAUCUCUCGGACUCGGCUCAGACGCCAACCAUAGCCUCACCGCCUCUCAGUGCUGUGUCGUCGGCCUCGCAUUACUUCACAAGUCCUAAUUCACCGCCCAAAAACAAUAUCCACCUCUCGUAUAGAAAAGGCGCCUCCCAGAUUUUUGCUCUCGGUGGUCCGCCUCUACCUUUUCAUCCUACACAACCUACCCAGCGUAAGACUAGUAACGCGUCACUGCGAACCUCUCAUCUCCGGAGCACCAGUCUGUCCUCAAUCGACACGGGUAGCCCUGACCAUGUCCGCCGACAAUCGCAUCCGAUACCAGCCAUCACAGAGCCAGUCAACGAGGAUAACAUACUCGAGUCACCUACACCUGUGCCAGAUGAUGGAGCUGAUGAUUCGCCUGGAGCGUCACACUCUGAUAAUAUACAGAGCAGUGAUGUCUUGCCGACUGAUCCCUAUGCUGAGGCACGUCGAGAACGGAAAGUCCUUGAUCUUGAAAUUUCCAAUUCAUCACUUCUAGCCAUCAACAAGUCUCUAGAGCGUGAGCUCAGGAAACAAAAAGCUGAACUGAAACGCUUUCGCCGACUGAGCCGAGCUGGCCAAUUUGCCGUUCCUCAGAGGAGGUCAAGUGACGCUGAGGAGGAUCUGUCGACAUUGGACGAAGAAGUCGAGCUUCCUGACUUCGACGACGAUGACGAAGGCGCUCGAGCAUCGAGUCCUUUCCAUUCACAGCCUGAAGAUGACUCCUCCGACGAAGACUCGACUAGCUCCUCAGCUGUGCCGCUGUCUCCGGGGGCUCAGGCCAAACGCGACGCAGCGCAGCGAGCUGAGGACGAAAGCCGCUUGCGACUUGAUCUGAGUAGACACCGUGAACUGCUGAUGGACACGCAACGAAUGAACCAGUCUUUGCAGCGUUGCCUUUACUGGACCGAAGGGCUCAUCAAAGACGGAAGAAAAGCUCUUGACUACCAAGUCGCGUCUUCAGAAGUUCAACUUGGCGGUCGUAUUCUAUCUGGAGAUGAUGUGGACGAAUCAUCGUCGCAGGUAGAUUACGCCGAAAGCGUUCGAAGUAUCGACGAACAGCCAGGCGCUCUUCCAGAUUUUGGCGAGCCCGACAGACGAAGCGUGGGUAGUGAAAUGGAUAGUGGUAUCGACCUCAUGAGCAAACGUGGAGCAUUGACUAUGGCCAAAGACAACCCUCACCACUCACGACCAACGCGUUCGUGA